GGCGAUCCGACGCCGACGUCAGUGGGGAUACGCGAUCGUCGCCACGGGGGCCGCGGGCGGGAGGGCACUAGGAACGGAGGGGGGAGGCUCAGAAUUGCGAGCUUAGGCCGUCCCGGGACGCUUACGCGGAACACGCGGACACGGCUGAACUCGCGCCACCGCGCCGGCAUUACGUCGCGCACCGUCGACCGCGACUGACGUUCGCGUGGACGUUCCUCGAUUCUCGAUCGACUUCCACUCGACCUAUCACCGCGACCACCGGAUGCGAGUAUUCGCGCCUGCAAGGUAUCGCGACACAGCCUCCGUCGCACAGUGAAAGCCCCGACGAGUGUACGAGUGUACCAGUGUGCGAGUGUACGGUCAAGCUUCCGAAUCGAAAAGUUACCCGUUCAACAACCUGUAGGAAUCUUGCGCACUCCGCUAAAAACGUGCCAUUACGUCCUCGCUAUCGGUGACUCGGAGAUUAAUGAUAGGAACUCAACAGUGACAUUAUCGCGACCGAACUGUUUGGUCGAAUCGAUUUUUUAUUGAUGAUCGUUAAGGAACCGUGUGGAGUGUCGUUAAUCUUGGUUACCUCGGCUUCGUAAUCUCAAAGUUUAUCCGCGCCUUGUGCAGCUUCGAGAAAAUCAUCGCUCGAUUGAAAAUUGUUGAUACACAUGCGUACGAGUAUAUGUGAGCAUCGAUCAAGCGUCGUCUAGAUCAGCGACACCUCGUAGCGUGUAGAAGUUUUCUGUUUGAACGUUGCAUCGAUAUCGCUAGCGGAAGGCAUGGCGUUGGCGGGAAACCGGUAGAAUGAUCCUAGGUCCGCGAUGGAACUGGGAGAAACGUCUGGAAUGGUGCGAAUGUAGAAAAUGUCAUCGCGGAUGCGAUGACGGAUCGUUGGUCUAACGAAGAGAAAGGGAAAAGGAAAAAUUAACUGGUGGACGAAAGGAAGGUGGUAGCGGGGGUGUUCGGAGGAUUUGGCGAGCGUGUACGCGCAGAGGCGGCAAGUGAAAUCACGACGUUCUGCUCGGAAGGUGCGUGCUUUGGCGACGAGGGGCGGCUACUGGCCGAUGGGAUGCAUCUACCGGUGGGUUCCGUGGGCUGCGGGGAGAAUUACGCCACCGUUGGAUCCCACGAAGGCGCCGGCCCCUGCGGCCCCUCACUGGCGCCGCUUCAGGGGGUGAACACCAGGUACCAACAGGCUGACGACGCCGACGCCGGGGGUGGUGGAGGCGAGAUGAGCGAAGGUGCCGCCGUCGGCGAGCUCUGGUGGACCGAGAGGCUCGUCGGCGAGGCACAGGCCGAACACCCUGGCGAACUCGUUCGAACAGGAUCACCGUAUUUUCUCUGCAGCCAACUGCCGACUCAUUGGCGGUCGAACAAGACGCUUCCGGUAGCCUUCAAAGUUGUCGCCCUAGGCGAGGUCGGCGAUGGAACUCUGGUGACAGUGCGAGCGGGCAACGACGAAAACUGUUGCGCCGAACUAAGGAAUUCCACCGCCUUGAUGAAGAACCAAGUCGCCAAGUUCAACGACCUCAGGUUCGUCGGAAGGAGCGGCAGGGGUAAGAGCUUCAGCAUCACCAUAACGGUGUCGACAACGCCACCCCAGGUGGCGACCUAUACCAGAGCCAUCAAGGUGACCGUGGAUGGACCAAGGGAACCACGUUCCAAAACUAGACAAACGCACAUCCCUGGCCUGGCGCGAGUUCCUGCACUGCCGCGAGUUCACGGCCUGGCACGAGGAACUUUCCCCGAUGCUCCGAGCCCGUUCACCCCCUACCUACGAGAACCGGACCCAUACAGGAGGAAUAAGCAUCACGUUGGCAACAACGUCACCGCGAAUUCGGUUAGCGGUGCCUGCAGCAACCCUAACAACACCGACCCGACCGCAUCGCCCGCUUCCAGUACACACCUCGGGGCCACCGGUGGCUCCUCGGCUCAUCAGGAUUGCUACAAGCACAGCCCUCAACACGGCGAUACGGGCACAGGCACAACGGAAUGGGCCUAUUCGUCGACGCCGUCGUCUUAUCCGGCGCCUCCUGUGAGCAGCGGUGGUUCCUUUUCGCCGAUACCGGGCGGGGCGUUCUCCUAUCCAGGAGAGUCCUUGUCUCACCAUCCAACCACGGAACCCGUGCCGUUACCCGCAGUGCUUCCGUCGGAGAACCAGCAGGACACGUACACGCCGAACUGCGUUUCGAUGUACCCAAGCCACGGGACGACGUCGUCGUCGUCGUCUUUGCCUCUGGUACCCAGCAAGUCUACCGACCCGGACAUCUUCGCUGGAGGUGGUACCGGAAGUGGCAGUCCGGGCUAUCACUACGGUUCCUGGACACCCGGUCCAGCCACGCCAGUUCCAGUCGCCUCUCACAACUACAACACGAAUUAUCAGGGCUACUACAACAAUCCCAGCCAGAAUUACAUCAGUCCAGCGCCUAUGGUUCUCUACCCGCAGCUCUACAGCACGGUAAACCAGAACCAGAUCCACCUCCACCUUCACGGCGACCUAACCGACGAGCAGGUCACCAUCGCGGGUAGUAAUCUCACUAUCAGCAGCAACAGGUUGGAGAUAGGAGUCCUGGGGGAGGAGAGCGAACAGCGGAACGACGUCUGGAGACCGUACUGAAGGGAUCCCGACGACAGGAAAUUGGGAAUCGAGUGGAAUAUUAGUUGAGAUGGUGAUACUAGUUGAGACGACGAGAAACGUUUCGUAGAAAUGGGAGACGGUCCCCUGUGUGUUGUUAUAAAUGUGAUAUCGAGGAAAGGGUAGCCGCGCUACGCUCGAUCGGAACGUUCCGGAGGAAUGUCGAAACGGGAAAUGUUCCGUUUGGGGACUCCGCGAUGUUCACGGGUGGUAGCGUCGCAGGAUUGACGCGACCGUUAAAGGAUUCGAUGGUUGUGGCAAGAAUCUCGGAGAAAACUGAAAGCAUAGACUGGUUCGUAGUUAGAAUCGAAACUGUUUUAGAGGAGCCUAACCUCUUAGGGUCUUUUCGACGUUUUCGUUGCUCGAAACGAGGCGCGAGUGGUCAGUGUUUUGUGAAAUGUUAUCGAUAAUUGUGAAAUAACUGAAGAAAAUAUCCCAAGCGUUAGGAAGGAUUUUGUCUCGACGGCUUUGUUGGAUUAGGAGCGAGAGGAUCGACGAGGAAAUAUCGGCGAGCGUUUUCACGAAACGGAAAGACAGUCCAUGUAUUGUUAUAAAUACACAGAUAUUUUCCAUGAAAUAAAAUCUUGCCUGAACAACUUCCUGAAUCCCCACCGUUCGCAAGUUCGCCAAUGCGCCAGUUCCCGUUUUGGCGCAUCAGUCGUUUCACGAAUCGGGAUGAUCGAAACAGAGGGAAGCUUCCGGUCCACGGACGUAACGUUACCAGCGUUUUUAUUUAGCCGACAGAGUAAUCGUCUUAGCGACGAUUCUCCGUUACGUCAGCGCAUAAUUUGACUGCUUCAAUGACAAAGAUCGAUAGAUGCAGACAACGGGGAGUGUUAAAAAUGCAACCAGAUCUGAAAAGAAAAUAUGCAAAUCUCAGUUACAGAUUUAGCUUCCAUGGUAAGCGACAAAUCGAUAGAGACAUUGUUUGAAAUGGGCAAUUCUUUGAAAAAGGGCUCCGAGUUUACAAGUGGAACUACUUUUGGUUGAUCAGUUGCAACGCUUGAAUAUUGGCCACGAUUCGAGGAUGAAGGUUUUAAUUUUUAGGAACGGAAAGAAUUCGCAUUCGGGUCAGCGGAAAAGAGGUAAAGAGGCUGAGGGUCCACGGGGGCGCCUUUAUCGGCUAAAAGCUCGUUCCCGAACAAUACAGAGACUUUCUCUGAUAGAGCGUAAACGAUUCUUCUAACAAAGAAAACUUUUAAGGUGUCCGCCUCCGACGGUUUUGAUUUUUGGAUAUGUUUUAAAGGACCGAAAAAUAAGAUAUACGUAUUUUUUUAUAUUAGCCCGUUUUCGUAUUUAGGGGGCGAAACGACCCUCUAAGCUUUCAGCUGCAUAGGCUAUUAUUAUAAACAAAGUGCUUUUUACCUAAUUUAGGGCCAGAUUUUAUAUGCAAAUAGAAAACCAUGAAACUUUUUCUUAAAAAGUUUUCUUCUAUCUAUGACAGUUUCGGAGAUAGCCUAUUGCAGGUGAAACUUUAGAUUUAUAUCUUAUUUUUCGGUCCUUAAAACAUAUCCAAAAAUCAAAACAAUCGGAGACGGACACCUAAAAAGCUUUCGUUGUAAGUCAAUAGUUGAUUAGAUUUUACGAGAAUCCAUUUUUUUUUUCUUUUUAGCGCAACAACUUACAGAACAGGGUUAAUCUUCUACCUGUCGAAGGUCAUCGAAAAGUGUAUCGCGUCAUCUAUAAAUAUGGUACCCUGAAUAAAAGUUGAUUUCUGUAACCUUGUUUCAAUUCGUCGAAUAUUUUUGUUGCGUUGCAAACGUUUUAAACGUGACUCGAAGUAUAGCGAAUUCUGUCUAAUUGUGAGAGGCAUGCACAGUGGGCCAGAAUGCAGUAUUAGCGCGAAAAAAUUGUGAACGACGUUUUUAACUAAUAUUUAUUUUUCCAGUGCCAGUGGUUUAAUAUGACUUAAAAAGGUGAAACAAUAUUAAAACGAGAAAUUAUUUAAACAUUUUUAUAUGUGUAUUUAAAAAAAAAAAAAAAGAAAAAAAUUCUGUGAAAGUAAUUAGGUACGCAAUAAAAAUAAAAUAAAACUUUAUGAAUACACUUCAUUAAUUAAAAUUAAUCAACUUAAGGAUGUAACGUGUUUUUCAUUCUUUGGCUUCAGUUUUUGUCUUCGAGAUCGGUGCGAUUGAGACGUUGGACUUAGAGAUUCGUGAUCAGAACGUUCUAGCAAAAACAAAAUGUCCUAAAUAAUGUGAUAAACAAAUAUCACAAUCCCUAUUUUUUGCAGGAGGCUCAAAACUAGCGUGUAUAAAUAUUUCUAACAUAAAAGAAGUAUUUCUAAAGACUCGUUACCGUCAAUAGAGUCUCCCAUGGCUAUACAAUAUAAAUGAAAACAUUGAUGUCACUCCUUAGUAUCUGCUAACUGAGAAGAAUGCUGCAAAUAAUACGACUGUGUUUGUUUAUGUUUUGUUUACGCAGUCUAAUGUAAACAUUGGACACCCAAACAAAUUAAUCAUUACUCCGAACCGUUAUAUAUUGAUCUUGUUGAUCUAAAUUAUUACGUCAAUCUGACGACUUAUGACGAAAAUGUUUUUUUCCGCGCUAAUAUUGCUUAAUUUGGCUUACUGUGCGUUGGUUCGGAUCCAUGCUUUCACGUCCGAUCGAUAUUUCCUCCUAGUUCGAGUUAUGUCCCACGCCUGGUACAAUGCAAGCAUUUCCAAGUAUUGUCGGUUGCAGGACAGUUGGCGAGGGUUCACCAAACUAGAGGAGACUGAGGGGACAGAGUAUUACG